AUGCCGGAGAGUAUGAAAGGUGCCUUCUGGCCCGAGCACAAGCUGCUACAGGCGAUGCUUCGAGAGGUUAAUGACGGACCCAUGUUGGGCUAUGCUGGCCGUAUUUGCAAGGGGAAGAUGAAGGAGUUUUUUGGUUUUAACAAGGAGGGAGGAGGUCUAGUAUCUAGAGGACAGUGCGUGUACAAAGGCGAUAACCUGCUACGAAGAGCUGCAUGCCAAGAAGCCCAGGCUUUUGGCAACCAGCUGAUCCCUUCCAGUAUGCCACUGAAGAAAGCAACAGUGUUCCUCAACCCAGCAGCUUGCAAAGGCAAAGCCAGGAACCUUUUUGAAAAGAAUGCUGCUCCAAUUUUGCACUUAUCUGGCUUGGAUGUAACUGUGGUUCAGACCGAUUACGAGGGACAAGCGAAAAAGCUGCUAGAAUUGAUGGAAAACACAGAUCUGAUCAUUAUUGCAGGAGGAGAUGGCACAGUACAAGAGGUCAUAACUGGACUUCUCCGCAGAGCAGAUGAGGCCGUCUUCAGUAAAAUUCCUAUAGGAUUCAUACCUCUCGGGAAGACCUGCACUCUGAGCCACACACUCUACCCUGAGAGCAUGAACCGGGUCCAACAUAUUACUAAUGCUACGUUGGCCAUUUUGAAAGGAGAGACAGUUCCACUUGAUGUCUUGCAGAUCAAGGGAGAAAAGGAACAGCCUGUGUUUGCAGUGACUGGUUUAAGAUGGGGAUCUUACAGAGAUGCGGGAGUUAAAGUUAGCAAAUACUGGUACCUUGGGCCUCUAAAAACCAAAGCAGCUCACUUUUUCAGUACAUUCAAGGAGUGGCCUCAGAAACAUCAAGCUGCUCUCAUGUAUCUGGGUCCAACGGAGAGACCUCCAGAAGAGCCAGAGGAGAAGCCAUCCCGACCUCCUUUGUAUGUGAGGCUUUACAGAAGACUUCGUUUAUACUGGUCUUCUCCUCGAAAAGAAAUCCCCCAGGAGGUAACCCCGGAGAACUGGGAAGAGCUGAAGCUGUCCACCAUUGAGCUUUCCAUUGCAACUCGGAACAGGCAGCUUGAUCUGACA